AUGACUUGCCACAUCGUAGACGAUAUGUUUUAUACUCGAGGCUCGCAGGACGACUUCGAUAGGUGGGCAAAUGUCACUGGAGAUUCCGGUUGGUCCUGGAAUAGUCUUAUACCGUAUAUUUUAAAGAGCGAGAAAUGGACACCCCCAGUUGAUGGUCAUGAUACUCACGGACAGUUCGAUCCGACGGUUCAUGGAUUCAACGGUAUGGUGUCCACCAGCUUACCUGAUACGAGGUGGCAAAUAAUUGCAUCGAACGUCAGUGAGGUUCCCAAGGAACUUCCUUCAGUCUUUCCUUUCGUCAAAGAUAUGAACAGUGGAAAGCCGCUUGGGCUAGGGUGGGUCCAAACUACCACUGGUGAAGGAGAGAGGAGCAGUUCUGCAACUGCCUAUCUUUCAAAUCAGUUUACAAGCAGAAAAAAUCUGCACGUCCUUGUGAACACGAAAGUAACGCGUAUCAUAGGGAAUUCUAGAGGAUUUUUUACAGGUGUCGAGAUAGCUGGCUCUUCCCAGAUUCUCAAGACCACCAAGGAAAUUAUAUUGUCAGCUGGAGCAAUCAACACACCCCAGAUACUCCUGAAUUCUGGAAUUGGUGACAUGAAUCAACUCAAUAAGCUCAAUAUCCGGACCAUUCUAGACCUUCCAAGUGUAGGUCAAAACUUUACUGACCAUCCGCGCAUCGUGAUAAACCUGGCCACAAAUACAAAGCUGCAGGAUCUCGCUUUGAACGAAUGGAACCACACCAGGACCGGCCCAUAUAGUGGUCCUACAGGAACCUUUAUUGCAUGGUCGCGCCUUCCCUCGGACUUUCCUCUUUUGAAAGGGAGAGGGGAUUCAUCAGCAGGCCCUAACUCUCCUCACAUGGAGCUCAUUCCGGUAAUUCCGUCUUCUGUUGAAUCUGUUCCCGGUGCGACUGGUAGUAUGUCGAUAGUGGUGGUGUCCCCAAAGUCUCGUGGCUCCGUGACGCUGAAUACAAGUAAUCCGUUGGGAAACCCCAAAAUUGAUCCUGGUUUUUUCACGGACCCAGAGGGAUUUGACAUUGCCACUGCAAUCGAAGCAGUGAAGCUCACGCAAACUUUCUACGCUGCGCCGAUCUGGAAGGACUACAUCAUUGAACGAACAGGUCCACCAGCAAAUGCGACUGAUGCGGAAAUCGGUGACUUCCUUCGCAACUCAGUGGUGACUAUUUUCCAUGGAGCAAGUACGGCAGCUAUGUCCCCCAAGGGUGCGAAGUAUGGGGUAGUUGAUCCCGAUUUGCGCGUUAAAGGUGCAUCGGGACUGCGAGUGGUUGACGCGUCUGUCAUG